UGUGGCGUUCAUCGUUGAACGUAUAUAUCCUGGCGCCAGCUUAUCCAGUGACGUCACACGAUGUUUAUACCCGGAAUGUUUUGAUUGGUGCGUUCUCUGAAUGGCUGCCACUCUGAGUUCUCGAAGAUUGAACUUGUCAAGAUUUUUAGUGAUAACAAGAUCAUCACCAAAUACUGUUAAUAAUUCAAAGUGACGAAACAGGUUUAGUUAAUAUUCCAAGUACUGUACUGUACUUAUAUCUGUCUUUGUCUUCUUCCUCGUAUCUGAUGUUGCAGUGACGUCACAAAUACGCCAGGGCGUUCGUGAUGUUGACGACGCAUGUGGUUCUUUUAGUGGUGACGUCAUGGUCUGGGUGGUCACUCACGGAGGCGUCUGGUUCAGGAACUUCGACUGCAAGACAAUACAACGUCAGUGUACCAUCUGUGGAUUCGCUUCAAUAUCCAUGUUCUGUCUAUAACUGCGUUUGGGUAACAAAGAAAAUGAUAUCUAAGGAAAGCUAUGGUAAACACGGGCAGUACGGAGGCGUCAUCAGAUCACCAAGGGAACUCAACAAUAAUAACGAGAUUGGUCGCGGUUCAUCUGUGAUUACAGUUGAUGAAAAUGGACACCUUAGUCAUCAAAAUCAGUUCCUUACAUAUUCCGUCCCAUUACAACCUACAUCCCAUUCUCUGGAAUACCCAAUUGCUUCAUCGCCUUUAGUUGACAUCUCCACACCUUCUUCCGCGUACUCUUCCCUCCUCUCUCUAAGAUCUUCGUCUAUUACUGCUUCUCCAACUGCCACUCUCAAUCCUGACUCUUCUUUUUAUGCCAAGACAUCAUCUUCAAUUACAUUUUCGCCUUCGUUUCCUUAUUAUCCUUCUGUUUAUCCAUCUUCAUCAUCUAACUGGUUCAUAAGGAGGCACCAACGAUCUUCUUCUCUUUCUCCUUAUUUAUCUCAUUUCCUGUCUCUAAACACCGAGAGACCUUCUUCAUCUGUGGUGCAACCCUCGCUACUAGACCUCUCCCAAAGAGACUACACAACACAAAGUUCACCCGACACACACCAAGCCCUGAAGAGGACGCCCUUCACUUACUCUGAUCUCCCGAUAGACGAUGAUUCUGCUUUUAUUCCUUCGAUAGAUCCUGUUGUGUCGUUUUUGACAGAAUCUCCCUUGAGAUCUGCUGUUUCUUCUUCGCCUUCCGUCACUUCUCAUCCCAUCUCAGUUCGAUCGCCUCCCUCUGAGUCGUCUCACGCACCUUUGUCCUUUCCAUAUGCGCCUCUUUCUUCCGGUGUUAGCUAUCCAUUUCAUCUUCUUAACAUCUCUUCUCUAUCAGAUAUUCCACAUUUAUUAGCUUUCACUUCUUUCCCCUCACAAUUCCCUCGUCUCCCAACAGAACAGGAAGAAGAUCAAGAGAAUUUCAAAACUUCUGAGACCAACGCCGGGUCAUCCGAGGAUCAUGAUCCGUCACCUCCUACUGUCACUGACCAGGACUUAGUUGCAAGGCUCGCCCACCUCUUCCGCCACAUCAAAACGACCCAGAAUACUGAGAGAGUUAUGAUGAAAGAAAGUAAGACGAACAUAUCAACAGACACCCUAAGAGGGAUUCAUGCAAAUGACUCUCAAUUACCAAAUCCUAACUCGCAAGGUGAGGCGAAUCAUACAGGCUACAGUAGCUUGUUAGAAGGGACAGAAUGGCUUAAAUUUAUUAAGAGGUAUUUUACGCCUCGGGACACGCAAAUGAAAACUGGAGGACGACCCGAGGAAGAUAUGGAAGAAGUAGACAAACAGUCAAAUUUAGCAUCAAAAUUGGCGAAGAUUAAACAUGACUCAGGUGAAGAAGGCGACGCACAGCAGGAUACCUUAACUUUCUCUCAGUUCGACACAAUGAUCUCCAAGCUGACCGGAAAACCCUUGUCUCAACCACCCGAGCAGAAAUAUGUAGAUCGAAUUAUGCGGAAAUCCAUGAUGGUCGAGGAUAGUGAAGACGUAAGAUCAGCACGGGCCAGAGAUUCGUGGGUAGCAGCAGAAAUUAACAUGGGGUCGAUGGGUGUUCUUACCCUAGACAUUGGUGAUUAUCUAAAUAAAGAAAUAUAUUUAGACGUAGAUAUUAAUAAGUCGUUACAUUCAAAGGGUAAUACAGCUUUCAGUUCGACGAAUCAAAACAGACCUGGAGCAUCAGAAGAUGAAGGAAAUCAAACAAAUAUUACCACAGGUGCAGAUGACGCGUUAAAUUGGAUGAAAGUCGACAUCCUGAAACGUUUAGGAUCUGACCUCAGCCCGGGAAAAGUUACGAACUUGUUUUCACCGCCUGACACGACCUCUAGCAACACCAAUGCUCGUCUACGAGAAAAAAGUGCUCCUCAUAGCGAUGAUCAUUCAACACCUUUUGAUAUCCAUAUCAGAUUCUCUUCCCCAAUGAAGAGAAACUCACUGCUGAAGCUCUCCAACAUCUUACGAAUGAACAGCUCCAUCGCCAACGGCCAAGACCCUAGGAAUCCUCUGAUACACCUGAACAUCGCGUCCGGGAUGGAACCACAGAACACGAAUGCAUCAAAUAACUCACCUCUUUCAAGCCUAUCACAAGCUUACUACUAUUUUCAUCGUCCGGGCCAGCAGGGUGUCGCUGACGAUCGCCAUCAACUGGAUUUCCCAAGAGGUAAUGAGAGCCCCAACAACCACCAAGAUCGAGGACAAGCAGCAGUCAACAAAACUCAGGAUGACCCCAUCAACUCCACUGGUCUCUCGAAACUUAUACCAGUACUAGAUUUGAUCUCAAACAACGAAACCAUGAGUGCCCUGGACACAGGCAACAAGGUGGAAAGAUUCCUAGAGACAGCAAUUUCUUUCUGGGAUUCUUUUAUGAAGCAAACAGAAUCCGACUCCUUUGAUGAUCUUCAGCGCCCACCCCUGCCUUCCACACGCCUCACUGCGCCAGGAGAAAGGUACACAGACACCCAGGAGACGAACGUUAAUCCUCUGGAAAGAUUCACGAAACCACUGGAAAAAUUCCUACAACCUUUUAUCCAUCAACAAAGGUCGCGCGUCAGCCUGCAGACUACAGAAAACCGGCCGACAGAGACAUCCAUGAACAUGAACAGCAGUUUCUCACACCCACCAGGUCCUCAAGACUUUGGAAGUGUGAGUCCUUAUUUGUUGCCUCCUAUGAACCCUAGUGAGUCGCAGCUGCUGGCGUGGAGGAUCUCUGAGAUGCUGGCUGACGGAGGCCCACAGCUGUAUGGCGAGAGAAGGAAUCGCCAGGUUAUCGCUGGAGACAGAGGUGUAGAUGAUGAUGGGGACAAAAGUGACGAUGAUGAUGGUGGAGACAAAAGUAACGAUGAUGAUGAUGGGGGCAAAAGUAGCGAUGAUGAUGUUUGUGAUGAUAUACCAGGACCAUCUGAAGAUUAG